AUGACAGGCCCACGUCAUCAUCCAUUUCUUGUUGCAAUCAAACGACAAGUCAACGGAAUAUUCCAAUUUCCAUCGGAACCGAUUGACGUACUUUUCAAUGUAGAUAGUGAUUCGCCAACAAGACCUUUUGGUGAUGCUAAAGCACAAUGGUCAUUUAGUGCAACCGGUAAUUCAUUCUCAUACACUCGACAAUAUGAUGAAACGAGUGCAGUAGCUUGGACAACUAAUUUGGAUAUAUACACAGUGGAUUUGAGUAUGUUUGGACAACCGAGUGUGUGUAUUACGUGCGAUAAUUUGGCAACUGAUACCGAUCCGUCUUAUUCACCAACAGAUGAUCGUGUAUUGAUCUACCAAUCACAGUCAAAACCAGGAUACGAGUCUGAUCAAUUCAAAAUAAAAUCAUAUAAUGGAUCGAAUUCGAAAAUAACACUUCUCGGCAAUUGGGACAGAAGCAUUCAAGCUAUAACAUGGUCUCACGAUGGUCAAUCUCUAUUUCUUGAACUUGGUGAAGAAGCACAAAAUGUCAUCUACCAUUUAUUCAAUAUAUUCGAAAAUCAAUCACUCACUCGUCUAGUGAGCAGUGGUACAUCGCGCGAUGUUAAUGUUCAUCGUAUAAACAGUCGAAUGUUUGUUUUCACUCAUCAAAGUUUCGUCGAGCCAAUCAAUAUUUAUUUAUAUUCAUCGGAUGGAUCGAUGCAAUCCAUCACUGAUCAUAAUAAAGCUCUAUUGGCCAAAGUAAAAAUGAGUCCUGCAGCUGAGACGUUUUCGUUUUUAGGUGCUCGAAGUGAUAAAGUUUGGAGAUGGUAUGUACCACCGUUGAGUGGUACUGACAAACGGGCUCCACUCGCUUUUUUCAUUCAUGGUGGUCCACAAAGUAGUUGGUACGAUGCAUGGGGCUAUGGAUGGAAUUUUCAAACAUAUUCUUCUCAAGGCUACGCUAUCAUUGCUAUCAAUUUUCAUGGUUCCGACUCGUAUGGGCAAAAUUUUACAGAUAGUAUUAUAGGUAAUUACGGUUCAUUACCUUUCGAAGAUCUUCAGUUGGGACUUACUUAUGCUUUGAAUAAGUUUUCAUAUAUUGAUCCGAACCGAGCUGUAGCAUUGGGCGCUAGCUACGGUGGAUAUAUGAUCUAUUGGAUUGCUGGACAUCCAGAAAUGAGUCAUCGUUUCAAAACGCUCAUUUCUCACAAUGGUGUGUUUGAUACAAGAUUCAAAGGUUAUUCUACAGACGAGCUACGGUUCUCUGAGCACGAUGUAGGUGGCUAUACUCCAUGGGCUAAUCCCGAUGCUUACGAACGUUAUAAUCCAGUUGAUCCUGUUGCAAAUUGGACUCAACCAAUACUAAUUAUUCUCGGUGCUCGUGAUUAUCGUGUACCAGAUACUCAAGGAAUAAGUGCCUUUAAUGCUUUGCAGCGUCGUGGCAUCGAGAGUCGGUUACUUUAUUUUCCCAACGAAAAUCAUUGGGUAUUAAACACGCUUAAUCUACUUGCCUGGUACGAACAAGUGCUAGGUUGGAUGCACAAAUGGACAAAUUAG